AUGGGGCUCUCCCGUACCAGUGCAAUUUGGGCAGUAAUUUGGCCUAGCCUUCGAGGGGACCCGGAGACCAUCUGGUCAUUCAUCAUCCCCCUUACUUUAUCGGUGAAGCCCAUGAAUCAGGAUUUAAGAAUGACUUCCCUUUUGACUUACACUUUAAAAUAUCUUCCCAGUACAUCACAAUGGGCCCUCAGAUUUUCUAUGAGACCUCUGAGCUGUUCCUCCCAGUUACGAGCUGCCACAGCUGUCCAGGCGAAAUCGAAGCAAACUUUAGCCAAACCCAACAUAAGGAACAUUGUGGUGGUGGAUGGUGUCCGCACUCCAUUUUUGCUGUCAGGCACUUCAUAUAAAGACCUGAUGCCACAUGAUUUGGCUAGAGCAGCGCUUUCGGGUUUGUUGCAUCGGACCAGUGUCCCAAAGGAUGUUGUUGAUUAUAUCAUCUUCGGCACAGUUAUACAGGAAGUGAAAACAAGCAAUGUGGCUAGAGAGGCUGCCCUCGGAGCUGGCUUCUCUGACAGGACUCCUGCUCACACUGUCACCAUGGCUUGCAUCUCUUCCAACCAAGCCAUGACCACAGCUGUCAGCUUGAUUGCUUCCGGCCAGUGUGACGUGGUCGUGGCAGGCGGUGUAGAGUUAAUGUCUGACGUCCCUAUUCGCCACUCAAGGAAAAUGAGGAAGAUGAUGCUGGAUCUCAGUAAAGCCAAGACUCUGGGUCAGCGACUGUCUUUAAUCUCUAAAUUCAGAUUGAAUUUCCUGUCACCCGAGCUUCCAGCAGUGGCCGAGUUCUCCACCAAUGAGACCAUGGGCCACUCUGCAGACCGACUGGCUGCCGCCUUUGCUAUUUCUCGGCUGGAACAGGAUGAGUAUGCACUGCGCUCACACAGCCUGGCCAAAAAGGCACAGGAUGAAGGACUCCUUUCUGAUGUCGUGCCCUUCAAAGUACCAGGAAAAGAUACAGUUACUCAAGAUAAUGGCAUUCGUCCUUCCUCCUUGGAGCAAAUGGCCAAACUAAAACCUGCAUUCAUCAAGCCCUAUGGCACAGUGACAGCUGCAAAUUCUUCUUUUCUGACCGAUGGUGCAUCUGCAGUGCUGAUUUUGGCAGAGGAAAAAGCUCUGGCCAUGGGUUAUAAGCCGAAGGCAUAUUUGAGGGAUUUCAUGUACGUGUCUCAGGAUCCAAAAGAUCAGCUUUUACUUGGACCAACAUAUGCUACUCCAAAAGUUUUAGAAAAGGCAGGAUUAACAAUGAAUGAUAUUGAUGCUUUUGAAUUUCAUGAAGCUUUCUCAGGUCAGAUUUUGGCUAAUUUGAAAGCCAUGGAUUCUGACUGGUUUGCACAAAACUACAUGGGUAGAAAAGCCAAGGUUGGAUCGCCUCCUUUGGAGAAGUUUAACAUCUGGGGUGGAUCACUCUCCCUGGGGCACCCAUUUGGAGCCACUGGCUGUCGGUUGGUCAUGGCAGCUGCCAACAGAUUACAGAAGGAAGGAGGCCAGUAUGGGUUAGUUGCCGCCUGUGCAGCUGGAGGGCAGGGCCAUGCUAUGAUAGUGGAAGCUUAUCCAAAAUAAUAGAUCAAGAAGAGGUGACCUGGAGUUUCUGUGCAACACUCACCCUAGGCAAUGCCAUUUCAAUGCACUACUCGGUGACAUCUAUAGUUCCUAGCUCCUCUUAGGGAAACAAAAUUUGUGGCCUUCUGUUAAGUACUUUGCAGUUAAGCCUUGCCAGUGUUCUGAGCUUUCCAAUAAUCAUGGCUUAUUACUCUUUCAGGAAUUUCUUAGUUACCAGAAUCUCUCAACAGUGAUAAGUUUAAGCAAUUGUGUUUGGUCUCUAUUUUUAUGAAAGACUGAAUGAGUGGCUGAGAUUUGGAAUCACCUUUGUAACAUUUGCAAAUUAUAGCUCAUUCCUAUUUGUGACCUAAAGAUAAACGUUUUCUAUAAAAUACAAACCAAUGUGCCUAAAUUUAACUUAAUUAUGGAAAGGUAAUUCAGAAUCUAAACAUCACUGAAAAUUUACAGUAAAUGUUUAGAUAUAUAAAUACCAUGUUGGUUAACCUUAAUAAAGUAGAGAAGUAUU